UCUUUUAAUUUUAGUUAUCAAUACAGUACAACAAGAUGUUUAUCUCAAAUAUGUUUAAACCAUUAAAAUAUUUAAAUACUAUUAAAUUAAGAAAAUAUUUAAGUUCAAUGAUUGAUAAAAAGCAAAAAUUUUCUAUUCAAGAUGAAGUUAAAUUUAAAAUUAAUUGUAAUGCUAAUGAUAAAGAGAAAUUCAAUGAAUGUAUUAAACAUGGACUUACUUCUAAUGCAGUUCUUAGUAAUGAAUGGAUUUUUAAAAUUAAUUUUAAUCAUUUAAGUGCUGGACUGACAUUACUUAAAAAAUGGAAUCCUAAAAAAAUGGAUGAUUUGUUUGUACUCCUCCAAAUGCCUAUGACAAAACUUGUAUAUCUUACUAAAAAAACUCACUUAGAAUCAAAAAUUGUGCCAUAUGGAAACAGAGUCUAUUAUUUUGCAUCUACUUUUGAGAAAAAUCCUCAAGAAGUAUGUUACCAUUUGAUGCAUUACAAAUUUUUAUUUACACGGGACUUUAUAACUCUCAACCACAUAUAUCAUAUUUUAAUCGAAAAUAGUGUCAAUAAAAAUGAUAUUUGGAAAGAUACUUGGAUAUUUAUGUACAGCAUUGAUCAAAUAAAUCACAGAAUUUCUCUUACUAAAAGAGCAAAUUUACCAAUUAAGCCUUGGAUGUUACGAUGUAAACCUGAAGUAUUUGAAAGGACUAUAGAGAUAAAACAAGAAAAUAGAGUAGUUCUCAAUAAAGAUUCUACUGCACAAUAUUUAGCUAAAAGACUUAAAGUACCAGAGAAAACUAUACGUUAUAUUAGUUCAAAAUAUCCUACAACAUUGAGAGUUAGUCCUACUAAAUUGAAAGAAAUAUUAGAUUUUCUUCUCAAAGAAGGAUUCAGAUCUACACAUAUAUUGAGUACUCCGCGUGUAUUUACUCACAGUAUUUCUACUUUGCAGGAACGAUUAACUGAGUUGAGAGACCUUGGUGCUGAACCUACUUUGACUGCUUUAUGUAAAAAUAAAACAACUUAUCAAGAAUUAGUUAAUAAAUUAAUUUUGAAAAACACUAAAGGAUAUAAUAUAUAAAAUGUUGUAUUAACCUAAGAAGUAUAAUGUAUGUAUACCUUCAUGCCUAUAAUUAUCCAUGCAAUUUACAUUGUAACAACAAAUAAUAUUUUAAUUAAACACUUUGUUGAGAUAAUUAUUAAUUAUCCAUUUUUAA